GUGCGCGGUAGUCGCCACGAGCAGACUGAGUGCUGGGCAAAGUGGCAGCUCAGGCGAGCGCACACACACUUCAUCAUUCAGAGGUGCUGUGCGAGACCGGACACAACGCACUGACGCUCCGCGGAUACUGGAUUAACCAAACCUGAUUGCAAAAGAAGCGAACAAGAAAGUGGGACAAAGUUAUGGAUGAAAGAAUACCUAGAAUGCAGGGCAGACAGUUCCUGGAUCACGCGGAUUUCUUGGGGGUUGAAUAUUCGUCCCUCUACAUGUGUAAAUCCAAAAGAGGGAUGAAGAGAGAGGAAGGAAAGGACGCGUACAAGUUACCACACAGACUGAUCGAGAAAAAGAGGAGGGACCGAAUAAAUGAAUGUAUUGGGCAGCUGAAAGAUUUAUUACCCGAACAUCUCAAACUUACGACUCUUGGUCACUUGGAAAAAGCAGUAGUUCUUGAGUUGACGCUGAAGCAUUUGAACGCUUUGACAGCUGUCACAGAGCAACAGCACCAGAAGAUCAUCGCUUUGCAGAACGGUGAGCGAUCGUUAAAGUCCUCCCUCCAGGCUGACUUAGACGCGUUCCACUCAGGCUUUCAAGCAUGUGCCAAAGAAGUCCUGCAGUAUCUGAACAAGGUGGAGAACUGGACGGCGCGUGAGCAGAGGUGCACGCGACUCAUCAACCACUUGCACAAAGUUUCCGCGCAGUUCCAGUCGGGCGCAGGGAUCCUGCAGCAGCAGUUGCCAGGCGACGACGCUCCAGAGCGGGACACGCAGAGAGACACACAAGCCAACUGCGUCCCUGUCAUCCAGAGGACUCAGAACCUCGAGCUGAACGAGAACGACACAGACACUGACAGCGGAUACGGAGGAGAGGCGGAGAAAGGCGAUGGCAAAUGCGAGAAAGGAUGUGACACAGCGAAAGGAGUUAAGAUCAAGCAGGAGUUCGGAGACGAACGUGUCACCAAAAAAGCCAAACUGAACUGGUCUGCGAACGGUGCAUCUGAUUCCGCCAAUACCCGACCGGACGUGGCGCUUAUGAACUCUUUAAUGGGAAUGACGGGUGUUGGUGGACAACAGACUCCCUUUUGCAUGCCGUUUUACUUCAUAAACCCGUCCGCAGCAGCAUCGUACAUGCCUUUGUUUGACAAAAGUCAUUUGGAGAAGUUGGUGUAUCCAGCGGCUGCGGCGCUGACCACACCGUUCCCGUGGCUUUACCCCGGGAUUCCCACUCACGCCUCCACCGCAGCUGCGGCCGCCGCUGCCAUCGGUUUCCCCGGUGUGUGUGCCGAUAAAACCUCCGGAUUUGAUGGAGCAUCCUCAAAAGAUGACGAGCCGCUGUCUCCUGACGGUGACCUGUCCAGCGACGCCGACCUGGCCUCUCCUGUGUCUGGGGACCAUGGCUCAGAGAAUGAUGCCUGUCAUCAGUCCCAAAGAAAUGAAAAUGAUGGUACAUAAAGCUGGUCCUUUUGACCGUUGAGUGCACACUAGUUUGCUUGUAAAAUUGCUAUUUAUCUGUUUAUCUUAAUUUAAUUGUCAUUGAGUAUUUAGUAUAGUGUUUCUAUGGAUUUCCAAGCAAAGGCUAUUCUUUUAUUGUUUUUGUUUGUAUUAUUAUAAUUAUUAUUAGGAUUCAAAAUUUCACAACAAACUGGUUUAUCAGAAUGGGGAGAAUGGGGGACGUUGUAACAGCCAGUGCCUUUUGCACUGAUUCCUUGAGAUAUUUGAAUGAAAAUCCAAUUGACUGCAGCCACUUUUAUGUCCU